CGGCCGGGAGACCCCUCCCCUCUCUCCGUCCCGUACCCCCGGGUCCCCCCGGCGGGGCGGAGCCGCUGUCCGCUAUAAACAGCCGCUACCGGCAGCCAGCGCCCUCCCGGUGCCACCAUGAGCCGCCGCGACCGCGACCCCGGGACGCCGCCGCCGCUGCCCGUGGCCCCGGGGCGGCUGGCGGAGGCGGCGGCAGCGCGGGGCGCGGAGCGGGAGGAGCUGGCGGCGCUGAACGAUCGUUUCGCCGCCUUCCUGGAGCGGGUGCGGGCGCUGGAACGGCAGAACGGGACCCUCCGCGCCGCCCUGGGCCGCGCCGCCGCCGCCACCGGGCCCCGCACCGGGCUGGUGCAGGGCGAGCUGCGGGGGCUGCGGGAGCGGCUGCAGCGCCUCGGCCGCGACCGGGACCGGCUCCAGGCGGAGCGCGACGGGCUCGCCACCGACCUGGCGGCCCUGCGGCAGCGGCUGGUGGACGAGACACAGAAGCGUGAGGAUGCCGAGAAGAGUCUGGUGCUGUUCCGCAAGGACGUGGACCACGCCACGCUGUCCCGCCUGGAGCUGGAGCGCAAGGUCGAGCUGCUGAUGGACGAGAUCGGCUUCCUCAAGAAGCUGCACGAGGAGGAGCUGCGGGACCUGGAGGUGAGUGGCCCGAGCGCGGCGGGGCUGCCCGAGGUGGAGGUGUGCAAGCCGGAGCUGACGGCUGCGCUGCGGGAGAUCCGCACCCAGUACGAGAGCAUCGCCGUCAAGAACCUGCAGGAAGCCGAGGAGUGGUACAAGUCCAAGUUUGCCGACCUGUCGGAUGCUGCGAACCGCAACCACGAGGCGCUGCGGCUGGCCAAGCAGGAGAUGAACGAGUCCCGCCGGCAGAUCCAGAGCCUGACGUGCGAGGUGGACGGGCUGAAGGGCGUGAACGAGGCGCUGCAGCGGCAGAUGCGGGAGAUGGAGGAUGAGUUCGGGGAGGAGAUCGGGAACUACCAGGAUGUGGUGGGGAGGCUGGAGCAGGAGAUCCAGCAGAUGAAGGAGGAGAUGGCGCGGCACCUGCGCGAGUACCAGGACCUGCUGAACGUCAAGAUGGCCCUGGACAUCGAGAUUGCCACGUACCGCAAGCUGCUGGAGGGCGAGGAGAGCCGGAUCACCAUCCCACUGCACCCCAGCACCUCCUUCAGCACCAGGAGCUCAGUGCUGGAGCCGCAGCCUGCAGAGAGCCCGCCACGGAGGAUGGUGCUCAUCAAAACCAUCGAGACCCGGGACGGGCAGCAAGUGGUGACGGAGUCGCACAAGGAGCGAGCGGGGAAGUGACACAGAGGAGCGGCUGCCACGGCCCCGACCCCACAAGGGGGGCUUUGCCAGACCUUGCUGCAUCCCGGGCGGGACAUGGAGCAGAGCAGGGGGGGCUGGGAGCGCCCCAAUUCCCAUUCCUGCUGUCAGCACCACGGGACAACGCCGCGGUGUGUCCCUGUGCCUUUGCAGUGUGUCCCUGUGCCUUUGCAGUGUGUCCCUGUGCCUUGUCCCCCCAUAUUUAUCGCUAUUUAUUGCCUAUUUAUUAUUCCCCCAGCUGUAUUUAAUAUCGAGUGCUCCCCACGCCGCUCUGGGGCCGAGGGGUGCCCGGCUUCCCUCCCGCCACCACAGCUGGCACCGGGUGUCCCCGGGGCUGGCGGGUCCGGUGUCCCCAAGCGCUGUCACUGCCAUGGGGAGUGGGACAGAAAGGAAGCAGCGCUCGGCUGAGGGGGGGUCUGCGUCCCGGGGGUCCCGUUCUGUCCCAAACACACUCUGGGGGUCUCCCCUCCCGCCACCGGCACAAGCCCCGCGGCUGGCGGUGACACCCAAGCCUUGUCCCCUGAGGUGUCACCGCCCCGGGGAAGGAGCCUCGACCCCCUGAGCUCGGAACCCCCGGGGGUCCCGCGACUCCCCGGGACCCCGCGACUUCCAGAGGACCGACGGGCACGCCCGGUAUCCCGGAGGGCUCCGGGAGCAUCGCGGAACCGGGGCGGGCUCGGUCCUCACCGGCACCGCCAGAGGGCGCCACCGGCCCGCCCCGAUCGCUGCUUAAUUCCGUGUUAAUUGCGUUAAUUACAAGGCUCUGGGUGUGCGGGGAAACACCCUGGUUUCUAUAAUCGCGUUGAGCAUUUUUUUGCAUGAUUAAUUGAGUUCAACCAAAUGAUGCAAAAUGGCGUUCAUGCAAGAUUUGCUUAUUAGUUUUGUUACUUUAAGCGAAUUUUUGCGCUGUUUCAUUAUUUUCAGCGGUUUUUUGCACCACUGAUUGAAUUAUUUUAAGCAAGUUACGCACAACUGCGUUAUUUAAACAAAUCUUGCACACGAAAUUGCCUUACUUUAAGCAAAUGCUGCAUUAUUGCAUUUUAAGGGUUUUUUUUUGUAUCAUCGAGUUAUUUUAAGUACUUUUUUGCAUUAUUGUGUCAUAGCAAACUAUACAAAAUUGCAUAAUUUAAUGGAAUUUUGGCAUAAUUAACUGCAUUAUUUUAUGCAAUCUUUGCACCAUUAAUUACACAAAAAAAUAAUAUAAAAUCGCAAUAUUUUAA